AUUGGACAGCAGCGCAUCGACAACAAUAACAACUCUUAUUUAAUAAUUUUUUAAUAUUGUAAUGCAACGUCGAUCAUAACACUGUAGUCGUUACGAGUAGUGUGUCCGUUGUUGUAGUCCGUGCGCGUGCUCUCGUCGAAAAACAGUAAUAUUGUGUGUCGUCCUUGCGCGCAGUUGCGUCAUACAUAUCAUUUUUCCAUUUCGGUUAGCUAACUGUUCCGUGUCUGGUGUCGCCACACAUUUUGUUGUCGUCCGGCUUCCCAUUCUACUAUCCUAGCAACUGACGCAAAGAAACCCCAAAAACUAAGUAUUAGGUAUAAUAUAGGCACUGAACGCACGACCGACGAGUGUCCAUUACUGUCCGUGCAUAUUAUCGAGUGGAAUCACACACCUGCUCAAUGUGCUAUUGACACUUUAGAUUUGUCGAAAAAUGAACAUAGUCGUCUGAGAACUCCAAAUUACACAAUGAUAAAAAAAUGUAUAGGCCAUCCCUAGAGAGCCUAUAUAAUAAGAGAGUGACCAACUGGUGUGAUAGCAGCCAUUUUUCGUCCAAACAUUACUAGUAUUUAUACGUCUAUAAAAGGCAGUUCAUAAUAUAAUUGAUAAGCAAUGCCACUCUUCUACAGUGUAGUAGCCAGAGGUAUGGUCGUGCUAGCCAAGCAUGCCAACUACCAGGGCAAUUUUGGAGAAAUUCUAGAAGGUGUUUUAACCCAGAUUGGAUCAGAAAACAAAAAACAAAGUUUACUUCAUGAUCGUUACUUGUAUCAUUACAUUUGUGAAGAUAAAAUAGUUUAUAUGUGUAUCACAGAUGAUGAAUUUCAAAGAUCCAAAGCAUUUUUUUUCUUAAAUGAAAUAAAACGAAGAUUUCAAGCGACAUAUGGUCAUCGAGCAUCCAAUGCUAUUGCAUAUUCCAUGAAUUCUGAGUUUGCUCCAAUUCUUGCAUCUGAAAUGAAACGAUUUUCUAGUCCAAAUGAGUUUGAUACAUUAUCUAAAGUACAUGGAGAAUUAGAUGAAUUAAAAGACAUAAUGGUUCGAAAUAUUGACAGUGUAGCUCUUCGCGGAGAAAAGCUUGAACUAUUGGUUAAUAAAACUGAAAACUUAUGUUCACAAUCCAUGAAUUUCAGAGUACAAAGUCGUACUCUACAGCGUUCAUUAUUCUGGAAAAAUGUGAAAAUAUAUGUUUUAUUUAUAGCUAUAGGACUUGCUGUUAUCUACUUCAUUACUGCUUUCUUCUGUGGAUCACUUGCUCUCAAUUGCAGUUAAUUUUUAUGGAUUUAUAAUAUAUUUUUUAUUUAUACUUAUGCCAAUACAACGUCUCAAAUUUUAUAUUUACAUGAAAAUUUACAAUACUUAUGCAUAAAAUUUAUUUAUACUUUAUUAUUGUAAAAUGUAAUUAUUAUAGAUUUCUUUUGUUAUCUUUUUAGUCAAUUGUUAAUUGUUAUGUACAUGUUAGGCGUUGAAAUAUUGUGAUAAAAUAUCCUUUUUUGUAAAAUGAAUUAUUCUAUGAUCAAUUUUUACUAUAAAAUAUAGUCUUUUAAGUGACUAAUUGUAUUUUAUUUAUAUUCAAAUCUGUCCAUUUUUUUGUUUAAUUAGAAUAAUUUAUUUAGUUUGUAAGAAGUUAUUUUUUCUAACUCGAGAACAAAAUAAUUUCACUAUAAUAAUCAAAAGUCACUUACAUUUUCUACAUAAAUACAGUACAUAAUAUGCUAUUUCAAAAUGUAGUAAUUUAUAUUUAGUCAAUAAUUUUAAAUGGUUUUAAAUUAGUUAUGAAUAUUUUAUUUCCAUAUCAAAACAAGUUAAGAAAAUAACUUUUUUUUAUUGAAUAAUUAUCUAUUAAAAUUAAAUAACAAUUAUUAUAUGUUAGUUUAGUAUACUAUCUCCAACCUACUUAUAAAAAAAUUAUUUAUGAUGUAUGCCCAUUGGUGUUGUGAUAGAACAACUUAAAACACAUCUGUUAAAUAUUGAGUAUCAACUAUUAAAAUAUAUUGAAUAAAACAAAAAACUUAUAAAAAUAUCAUGUUGUACAAUUAAUAGGUAUGUACUAUAUAAUAUAUAACAAAUAUUGUUGAGAAAUUACAUAAAAAUGUCAAAUGUAUCUCUCUCUAACAUAACUACAAUUAAAUUAAAAUUUAUAUUUA